GCGUGGUGCGGGUGGCCUCGCAGCAGCUUGCGCGCCUUCCGAGGAGGUGGGCGCGCAGGUUGUCGCUGUUUCACGGGCCCAGAGCUUCUCUGGCCGAAUGGGCCCCACUCCGGCUCUAGAGCCUGCCGAGGAGGGGCUGCGGUCGGGGUUACUGAGGAGAGGGGAUUACAGCCAAAGCCUUUUCUCCGUGGCAGCUGAGCUGCCUUCACCUUACUUUGAAAAGGGAGUGGGUUCUUGGGCUUUUUGUGCGUGUUGCCACAUGCGAUCUUGUGGGCAAAGACCUGCCUGUUUAACUGAGCUGUUGUUUCAUAGGACGUUACUCAAGACCUAAAAGAGAGUGGAUUUGGAGUUUGGAUUUUAGUGGACCUAGUUUAGCAAAACAUGGAUUCAUUUCAGCUACCGUGCACGCUCACCCAGACAAUUACGUGAAUGAGAGGAUGGAAGAGUUCCGGGCUGCAUCAUCUUAGGGAGUCAGUGGUACUUCUGGCAAGUUCUGUCUUCCCUGGCUACUAUGGUUCGUGGCUCAGCACUAACGUGGGCCAUGUGGACUGCAGAUGAGAUUGCCCAGAUGUGUUAUGAGCACUAUAGGACCAGACUGCCCAAGCAGGGGAAGCCUGACCCCAACCGUGAGUGGACAUUACUAGCAGCCGUGGUAAAGAUACAACCUGCAGCUGACCAGGCCCAUGGCAUCACUAAUAAACCGGCACAAGUGACAAAGGAAGUUGUCUCAAUGGGAACAGGAACGAAAUGUAUAGGCCAGUCCAAAAUGAGGAAGAGCGGAGACAUCCUCAAUGAUAGCCACGCUGAGGUCAUAGCCAGGAGGAGUUUCCAAAGGUACCUUCUCCAUCAGCUCUAUUUGGCGGCUGCCUUGAAGGAGGAUAGCAUCUUUGUCCCUGGAACUCAGAGAGGGCUGUGGAAACUCAGGCCAGACCUCUCCUUUGUGUUUUUCUCCAGCCAUACACCCUGUGGGGAUGCCUCCAUCAUUCCAAUGCUCGAGUUUGAAGAUCAGCCCUGCUGUCCUGUCCGUAGAGACUGGUCCAGUAAGCCAUCAGAAGCCAGUGGUGACCUGGAAGCUCCUGAGGACACAGAGAGAUGUGAGGGCCUGGGUAGUCCUGUGACCAAAAAGAUGAGGCUUGAGCCCGGGACUCCUGACAGUGUAGCUCAGCAUCAGAGUUUUGGCCAUCAGGAAAGUGGCCCAGUCACACCAGACGUCAGCGGCUCUCAUUUUACUGCACAGGAACAGGCCCCUGUCACCAGAAUGGUCCCCGGUGGUGUCAAAGUGGUGGACGUUUAUAGAACCGGAGCCAAGUGUGUGCCCGGAGAAGCUGGAGACUCACGGCAGCCUGGUGCUGCGUAUCACCAGGUGGGGCUGCUCCGAGUGAAGCCUGGCCGGGGAGACCGGACUUGCUCCCUGUCCUGCAGUGACAAGCUGGCCCGGUGGAACGUCCUCGGAUGCCAGGGGGCACUGUUGAUGCACCUUCUAGAAGAGCCCGUCUACGUAUCAGCUGUGGUGAUUGGGAGGUGCCCAUACAGCCAGGAGGCGAUGCACAGAGCUCUGACCGGGAGGUGUCGGAACGUCUCUGCGCUACCCAAAGGCUUUGGAGUUCAAGAAGUGAAAAUACAGCAGUCUGGUUUACUGUUUGAACAGGGCCGCAGCGCCGUGCAGGCAAGAAGGGCUGAUGGCCCGGGCCGACUUGCUCCUUGUGGCGCAGCCAUCAGCUGGAGCGCAGUUCCCGAGCAGCCACUGGAUGUCACUGCCAAUGGCUUUCCGCAGGGAACAACGAAGAAAGCCAUCAGGUGCCUUCAGGCCAGAUCCCGGAUUAGCAAAGUGGAACUCUUUAGAUCAUUCCAAAAACUGCUAAGCAGUAUUUCGGAGGACAAGUGGCCAGACUCCCUCAGGCUGCGGAAGCUGGAGACAUACCACGAGUACAAGGAGGCCGCGUCUGCUUACCAGGAAGCCUGGAGUGCGCUCCGAAAGCAGGCCUUUGGAUCCUGGAUCCGAAACCCACCAGAUUAUCACCAGUUCAAAUAAGAAGGGCAAACUGCAUCAAGCAUGUUGGUGGCAGAGUUUUCCGGCUCUUCACACUGGACCGCUGCUUUCUUUUGUGCUGGACAAAACGGAGCUUUUCUUGUGGCCGAGUCAGGCAAAAAAAAAGAUCUGCCAUCUACCAGAGUGACCUAUCACUUCAGACAGAACUCUGGAACACGGAACAGGCUAUCCUUGAUUGAAGUCGCUCUCUCUGCUGAAAUGGCAUCUAGCUGAUGACCUUCGCAUCUGUGCUGACUCGUGUGUUAUUGCUUCUCUAAAAUAAUGGAAUAACGUGGAAAGGGAUGCUUUAAAAGGACUCUGUGGUUGCUGUGUUUUGUGUGUUCUUGCUUUGACAAGUGUUUAUGGGGUGGAGAUGAUGUUCAGGUCUGCACGUUUUAGCGCUUCCUUUGGUGUUGUGGACGGAUUUUCUCUACCCAGCCUUUCUUCCUGGGAGAACUACCCUUUCCUGUUCUACCCACGGCACUUGGUUGAAGCAGACCUUUCUCCCUGGCUGUGAGAGUGGGAGCCAGCCCGACAAUCCCGGAACUGCUGCGAGAGCUAGCAGGAAAGAGUCUCUCUCUUGUACCAGGAGCUAUAAAGGCCACAGAGUCGUGGGACCACCUGUGGCUGCUUUUGCCACCACACAGCAACGGGCAGCUUGAGAAUGAAGGCAGUCAAGAAGGAAAUCUGUUCCCGUGACCUUGUCUGGAUGCCCCUGCUCACCCAGGACUCCCAAUCAUUUCUGCCUGAAAGCACGGGCCUAACUGCCUCAUUUUAUGGAGUUUGCCAGUGCCAAGCCUUAGCUCACCGUCUGGGGAAACGAAGCUGCUACGGAGAAAAUGACCCUCCGUGGCUGCCGCGCUCGGCUUGGAAGGGAAUCAGGCCCCAUCGGACUGGGUCGUGUCUGUGGCUGGUGGAGAGCUGCCUACACCUGGGCCUUCGCUCCGUUUGUUGGCCUGGAAGCAGUGUUCUGAGCAAGCCUUCACCCAAUUUUUCCAGUUUCUAAAAGCCAGUUUCCUUGCAGGCUAAUUAAGUGGCUGAGGACAGCAUUAGAUUUUCAACUAGCCCUGUCCUCUUGGGAUGCUGUGUGGAGAGGCCAGAUGAGCUGGGAAGAGGAGGCCCCGCACAGCAGGAAGGUGACCAGGACUAGGAAGUGGCUUCUCCGUUGAAAGAUGGCGGACAUGUGCUCGCUCGCACAGUUCUU